CAGCAUGAAGUUUGUGGAAUUGUUCAAAACUUUGUUGCUGGUUUUGUCAAGCGCAAUUUGUAGCUGCUAUCCCCAAGGCGCUCCAAUUGAUAUCUGUGAUACAAUCAGCCACUCGCGAAAUCCUGGAUUAACUUUCGCAUAUGAGGCACCUUAUGCACUUUUCCAGACUUCGCUUUCUUACAAACCUGGUCAAGUUAUUAAUGUUAGCAUUCAAAGGUUGACGACGCAUUCAACUUUUGAAGGUUUCAUGGUGCAAGCAGUAGACAAAAUUUCUGGAAGAUAUAUUGGCAGGUUUUUAGAUGCAGAUGGGCUGCAUCCCAUGGAUGAAUGUUCAGCUGUCACUCAUAAAGAUAAUAAGCCCAAGACAUCAAUACAACUGGCUUGGGUUGCUCCAUUAAGUCAAAGAGGAGAUGUUGUCUUCAGAGGUACUAUUCUCGAAAGAAAGACGAAAUACUAUGAAGGACUCGUAUCACGUUUGGAGCCAGUGAGAAACCAGUAUUGAAAAGCAGCAGUAUUGCUA